CUGAUGAGCGCGAGGUGAACGCGCGCACGAGGUCCGCGUGCGAGCGGCUAUAAGAACCCUUGCGAGCGCCGCGCGCCGCAUACCGUCUGCGGGGUUCGAAGGCUAGAGGUGCGCAGCCUUUCCUGUGUGUGCGUGUGUGGCGCUGCCGUUGUUCCUUCUGCCUCCCAAGCUCGCUCUCCUCUCGCUCGUUGGCCAUGAAGACCAAGUUCUGUAACGGCGGCGAGGCCGACCCUUCCCCGCUGGGGCUCCUGCUGGGGUGUGCCCAGGGCCCGGUCUUGCCCGCCCUCACCCAAUCUCCCUCGUCGCUGCCGCCGCCGCCGCCUUCCUCUCACGCCGAGGCCGAAGCCAAGGAGCUGGGGCUCCGCGGGCAGCAGCAGCAGCCUCUCGCCUUGCCGCCGACGCCGCCGACCCCUCCCUCCCCGCCGGUGGAGGAGCAGCCCGACCCCCGCACCCGCCGCAAGGCGUAUUUUUGGUGCAGGGAGUUCCUGCGGGGGGCGUGGCGGGGGUUGCGGGAAGAUCAGCUGCGCAUCACGCCCAUCAGGGGAGGCCUCAGCAACAUGCUGUUCCAAUGCUCAUUACCUGAUACCAUGGAGACUGUUGCAGAUGAACCACGCACAGUUCUUCUUCGCUUAUAUGGUGCCAUUCUACAAAUGAGGUCCUGUAAUAAAGGAGGAUCUGGACAGGCUCAGAAAGAAAAUGAUUUACAAGGUGCAGAAGCUGUGGUUCUGGAGAGUGUUAUGUUUGCCAUUCUUGCAGAGAGAGCUCUUGGACCAAAGCUCUAUGGAAUCUUUCCACAAGGCCGGCUGGAAGAAUUCAUUCCUAGCAGGAAGUUGGACACGGAUGAACUGGGCUUGCCUGAUAUAUCAGCAGAAAUAGCUGAGAAAAUGGCUAGGUUUCAUGGUAUGAAAAUGCCAUUUAAUAAAGAACCAAAGUGGCUCUUUGGAACCAUGGAGAAGUACUUAAACCAAGUGAUGAGAAUCAAGUUUACCAGAGAGUCACGUGUUAGAAAACUGAACAAGAUCCUCAGUUACAACCUGCCUCAAGAAAUGAAAAAUCUACGGUCCUUUCUUGAAGCUACUUCAUCCCCAGUUGUGUUUUGCCAUAAUGACUGCCAAGAAGGAAAUAUUUUGCUUCUUGAAGGUAGAGAGGAUUCUGAGAAGCAAAAAUUGAUGCUUAUUGACUUUGAGUACAGCAGCUACAAUUAUAGAGGGUUUGACAUUGGAAAUCAUUUCUGUGAAUGGAUGUAUGACUAUGUGUAUGAAAAAUACCCAUUCUUUAAAGCGAACUUCCUGAAGUAUCCCUCAAGGAAGCAACAGCUCCACUUCAUCUCCAAUUACCUAGUUGCGUCUCAAAGCGGGUUUGAAAAUCUGAGCAACGAAGAUAAGUCCAAAAUAGAAGAAGAAAUGUUGGUUGAAGUAAACAGGUUUGCCCUUGCAUCUCAUUUCUUCUGGGGUCUGUGGUCCAUUAUACAGGCAAAGAUAUCAUCUAUUGAGUUUGGAUACAUGGACUAUGCACUCUCAAGAUUUGAUGCCUACUUCGACCAAAAGAGGAAGCUGAAAGUGUGAAGGUUGAAGACUGGACAAUCUGUUACUGUACUGUAUAAGGAAGGCAGCUGGGCAGAAAUUCCACUGUGCUUAGGCUACUGUAGUUGUAAUGAAGGUUUUGCAAAUUCCAACUACUCGGAUGCAAUGCUGAAGACUGCACAAAAUGGCUAAGUUUACUUUUUUUUUACAGUUUCAUAAGUCCUUGGAACGAGAAUUGACAGCUGAAGUAUAAUAUAACAGUGCAAUAUCAAGCUUUUUAAUCUAGAAGGUAUUAUGAGGGAAACCUUGAGUUUUAAUGUGAACCAUCCCAUACUUCAAGAGUAAACAGUGUUAACUGUGGGUACCUAUUUUAAGUAAGAUAUUUUUUAUCAAAUUAUCUUAAUGCAUUCUACAUUUCUAGCAUCAAUGGGAAAACCACAAUUCUGUUUAGGGGAAGUUGUUAUACUGUGAAUUUUGGCUGAAAACCCAUUUGAACAGAGGCUGUUCUUAUGGGAUAUUGUCAAGCCAUUCAUCUCCAGAAAACUACUGGUAAACUAACACUAAAACAUAAUGGCUAAAAAUCAAUGAAAGGGUGCAUUCUGGCUUCUCUUCCAUGCAGACUAAGGUAGCUUUCACAUUCUGAUAUCUCAGUAGAACAAGGUACAACAGCUGCAUCUCCAACUGGAACACACGAGUUGCUGCCUGGUUAGCUCAUUCCACAUCUCUGACCAAGGAUGUGCAUUCACUGCCUAGCAACAGUCCUGCAGUAUUGCAUUGUUGUACAGGACGUUCCCUGGGCAGGCAGCACUGGGAUGAGUGCCUUGAAUUCCUCUACCUGCCCCUCUCUGGCUUGAGGGAGGAAGAGAGGGGCAAAUGAGAUGGGGAGCAAGCGAGGAACAUUUGACCAAUUGUGGCAUGCUGGUGCCUUGUGGGGGCACACUGCUCCUUGUUUAAAACCCUGCUGCUUUCCCCAUCAGAUAAGUGGAUGUUUCUUGUGCAGAAAAGACAUUAAAAUAUAUGCGUGAACUUUACAAUAAGUGUAUGUUACUUUGAGAGCUUCUAGAAACAUAUCUUUUACCAUCCUUAUUUGACUUGUGCUUUCUGCUAACAUGUAUUGUACAAAUAAACUUUUUUAAAGUCUUUAACCUUUUGCUCUAUUUGAUUCUUACCAUGCGGCACAUGUCAUUUAAAUUUUACCAAAGUCUCUAAAUGAAAGGUAUUGUAAAGAUGGAUAUUGUAGCAUGCCACAAAUGAAAGCCAGCUUGAGAUUUUACGGUGUUAAGUGCGAACUUGUAAUAGCACAGAAAUGAAAGUUUCCUCAUGGUGGGCUAUAUGGAUCUCAAGUCCUGUGUUGCAUCCAAGCGAGAUACAACCCAAAAGGUGGGAACUAAAAUAAUAAUGCCUCUUAAGAAAUAGCUAGGUGAUAAAAUGCAAUGGCAAGAAGCGUUCUGGUAGCUAGGGGGAAAUGCAGCAAUAAAGAUGAUGAAUUGCUGGCCUUGUUGAGUUGCAGGAGGGUUUGUGUUUUAUACGUAGCAACAUGCUGUAUUUUCUAGAAGGAUAAAAUACAUGCAAGUAAACCUGCAUGGAUCAGUAUGCAUGGUUCCUUAACCAAGAAAAUUUCAUCAUUCAUGGUAUUCAUGAAUUUGAGAGAACUCUGCUGUAUAUUCCCUUGUUAACCCAGAGUAGGGUUCACUUAACCAGCCCCUUUAGUGGAAGCCCUGAGGUGGGCAGCAUAUUUUUAAUGCUUCCUUUAAAAAAACAAGCUUUGCAUGUAGAAAGCUAGUAGGUCAUAGAAAGGUUUAAUGCAGCCUUCAUGGUUUACUACAGUAUAAUACCCCUUCCCCACCCUCUCACUAUAUAUAAGGGUCUGGUGACUUCUGUUUCAGUGUAUCUGAAGAAGUGUGCAUGCACACGAAAGCUCAUACCAAUGACAAACUUAGUUGGUGCUGCUGGAAGGAAUUAUUUUUUACAGUAUAAUAGUUUUACUACAUGUUGGACAUUUUUGUAGAUGGGAGAGUAUUAAUGAUGUGUCCCCCGUUCCUCCAUCCCCUGGCAACUGCAAUCAAGGGAUACGCUCCAGAAUGCUGCUGCCACAAGCCUGCUACCUCUAAAGUGGUUAAUAUUAGCUGCAUUCUACAUUAGCUCCUUGCACACAGUAGGCAACUUCCUCUGGGCCAGGUGUUGCAGUGAAUGCAGUUUGCUCUCACCAGUAGUUCUGCCUGAACAACACAGUGAAUCAUCUAGCUAUAUGUCACUCUUCUUAGAGCAGGCACAUGUAGAUAUAAGAACACUGCAGUGAGAAUGGAACAUGUUUCCAAAUGCAAGUGGUGGUACUAAUUAUCAAGCCCAGCAAGGGAGAGGAAACUCUAAUAAUAGACUUCUUCCUGAAUCAAAAGGAACGGAACACUAUUUGUUUUCGAGUCUGAUGAACAAGGAAGUUCACAAGGUGAGUUUUAAACAUAAAAAGGUGCUUGAGGGUAGGCCUCAUCUAGAUUUAGCUGCAUCAACACUUGCAUAAGUGGUGCUACCGCUACUUAGUUUGGUGAGAUUAACAACACAGACAUUAAUAAGCAAAGGCAUUCUACAAACACUUGGCAAAGCAAAGGUAAGUCAUCUGAUCCCUGCCCCCCCCCCCUAUAAAUGAUAAGCCUUGGGCACAAAUUGAUGCAGCAAAUGGAAAACAUCACCUUAUAGAAGUGGCUUUUCUACCUUGAGCAAGUAAUCAACUCUUAAAAACUACCCUCAGUGUUUGGGGGAAAUGAUACAGAAAAUUGAAUUCUGUGGUUUUAUAUAUCAGGACAUAAUAGCAACCAUUUGUUCCUUAGCAGGCCUUAAAAUUAGAUAAAUACAACCUCAGAUGAGCAACAAUGCAUUUACAUAUUACACUGUGUUAGGAAGCUCACUGGGUGACCUUAGUCGACUCACUGCUUCUCAGUCUAAAUGACCUCACAGGAUUGUUGUGAGGAGGAAAUGGGGAGGAGGAAAACCAUGUACACCACCUUGAGUUCCUUGGAGGAAAAGUGUGAUAUAAAUGCAAAAAUUAUGUGAACAAAUAAAAUAUUUAUUCCUAAAUUGGCUCUACAAAAUGUUUAUGAUGGGGAAAACGAACAUCCGUUAUUGAAAGAAUGGGUUGAAUUCAUGCUAGGUGCAGUCAGAUUGGUGGUAGCAAGAUUUUGGACAGCAACUGAAAAUGUGAUGACAGAGCAAAAGUAUGCCAAAUUCUGGUUCAUGGCUUCUGCAGAAAAAUUAACUUGUCAAAUACAUUUGGACAAGGCCAGUCAGGAAGUACAGAUUUCUUUGCUGUAUAGCAAUACUUUAAUUUUACAGCAGCUGCUGAAAAUUUACCUUGAAACUCGGGGAAAGUAAGUUGAACUGUCAUCUAAAUUAAAGAUUAUUUCCCAAAAUGUGAAUACUGUGAUCAUAUCAAUCAUUCAUGACCGAUAACAACAAAAACCUCUUAAUUGGUAAAAAUGAAGCCUUAAUGUACUAGUUACAGCUGUGCUGCUUUGAAACAGCAACUAUAAAAAUGUUUUUUUACGCUAUCACAGGUGAGGAAUGUUGAAACCAUCUUAAAAAUAAAUCCCCAGUUGUACUCUUCCCAUUAUUCUGCAUGUUAACAGAGAAAGUAGUACCAUGCGUGUUGAAGCCAAAAUGUUUCAAGGACUUGAGCUGUUUUGGGGAGGCAGUAGAAGAUUAUCACAAGAAAGGGUCAUGGGAAAUAAUUUCUCAGCUAGCUGAACAAAAAUACAGAUAAGGAGUCAAUAUAAUGGUAGUUUUGAAACAGGGUGGUGUUCGCCUAACAAGUCGUGUCAGCGAAAACCCUGCACAAGAUCUUCACUUGCUCAACAGACCUUUGUCUGGCUGAAGACAAGUCAAUUCCCUUCCCCCUGCAGUUAGUAGAGAGUAAAUAGCCUCCUGCAGCCAUCUAAAUUAAAUGACCUUGAGCUGGAAUAAGGCAAACCAAGGAUGCAAGUAGAUGAAAUGUGUGAGAGCCAUCAUCAGGAUCUACCGUAUCUUUCUCUCUUUUAUUUUAAAGCAAUUUGGGGUGGGGGGUGGGAGCAGAAUGGGAUUGAGAUUGUAGUACUGGAGAAGGUGAUUUAAACCAGUUUCCACCCUGUCUCCAGCUGUUAUUUUCCAUGCAGGAGAAAACAUACAGGCACUCUGCACUUUGGGGCAGAGAGGCAUAUAGAAAAAUGAUCAUAGAAUCAUAGAGUUGGAAGAGACCACAAGGGCCAUCCAGUCCAACCCCCUGCCAAGCAGGAAACACCAUCAAAGCAUUCUUGACAUAUGCCUGUCAAGCCUCUGCUUAAAGACCUCCAAAGAAGGAGACUCCACCACACUCCUUGGUAGCAAAUUCCACUGCCGAACAGCUCUUACUGUCAGGAAGUUCUUCCUAAUGUUUAGGUGGAAUCUUCUUGAAGUUUGAGUCCAUUGCUCUGUGUCCGCUUCUCUGGAGCAGCAGAAAACAAUCUUUUCUCCCUCCUCUAUAUGACAUCCUUUCAUAUAUUUGAACAUGGCUAUCAUAUCACCCCUUAACCUUCUCUUCUCCAGGCUAAACAUACCCAGCUCCCUAAGCCGUUCCUCAUAAGGCAUCGUUUCCAGGCCUUUGACCAUUUUGGUUGCCCUCUUC